AUGCCAGCAGUCAGUCGAUUGAAAAGAAAAUCCACACAUUCACAUGCAAAUGUGGAGAUGAAUGGCGACUCAAAAGAAGCAUCUACUUCUCCUCAAGAAUCGUCAAAUGCUGCCACUCUCAAAGACCACAGAGAACCCAAAAUUACCUUCUUUUCUCAUUUGAAAGUUUUCAAAGUGAUUGGACUUUGGAAUUUAACCUUGCUCGUUUUAGGAGUCAUUGGCUCCAUGUCGUAUGGUGUGUUGCCAAUUAUUUGUCAAUACAUUCUUGGAGAUUUGAUUGACGAAUUUCUUGCUGCCAAUUCAAACGCUGCUUAUCGGGCAGAAGCUAUCAAUCAAGUGUGUAUCAAAUUGACCAUUAUUACAUUCUGUGGUAUGGCUGCUUUUGCAAUUUAUCACUUUUUCCUUCAACUUUCCAAUCACAGAAUUGGAACUGCGUUAAGACAUGAAUAUAUGGAUGCAUUGACCAAGCAAGAAAUGACUUUUUUUGACAUUAAGAAAGUUGGAGCAUUGACUGUUGUAUUGAGUGAAGAUAUUCCAAAGAUUCAGGAUGUCUACACAAACGAAUUUUACAUCUUCAUGCAAGAAAUUAUUCAAUUCAUUGUUGGAUUUAUUUUGGCCAUCACUACCAAUUGGAAGAUGACACUCAUUCUCGUUUCAACCACUCCAUUGACCUAUGUUUCACACACCAUCAUGUCACUUUUAUCGACCAAGAUUACAAGACAGGUGAAUCGUCUCACUGAACAUUCGGCAGGAGUUGCUAAUGAAAUUACUUCAUGCAUUCGAACCAUUCGAUCGAUGGCAGGAGAGAGCAAGGAAAUGGAAAGAUUUAAUGAAGAUUUAUACAAAAUUAAUGCAAAGGGUGUAUUUAAGGGAACUGUUCAUGCGAUGGGAUUUUCAUUUGCUGCCAUGUUUGUCUGGGGAACCAUUGCUUUGAGUUUUUGGUAUUCUGGACAUGAGGCUGCCGAUGGAAGUACCACACUCGGCUCCAUCUUUAAAGUAUUCGGAAUGAUGUUUGUUGGAGUUGUUGCCAUGAUUCGUGCAGCAACAUUUUUCCCUCACUAUGGAAAGGCCUAUGCCAGUGAGACGACACUGUUGAAAGUCUUGUUGAGAGAACCUGCCAUUCCUUUGAGUGGAGGUAAAACGAUUGAAUCUAUUGAAGGAAAUAUUCGUUUCGAAAAUGUGGAAUUUUCAUAUCCUUCUCGAUCGAAUGUCAUUGUCAUGAAAGAUUUCAGUUUGGAAAUUAAGAAGGGACAAACUGUUGCUCUUGUUGGACCAAGUGGUUCUGGUAAAUCAACUCUUGUUGGUCUUUUAGAACGUUUCUACACUCCAAAUAAGGGAAGAGUCUUUCUUGACAAUGUUGACAUUCAAGAACUCGAUCCAACAUGGCUCCACAAAAACAUUGGAAUUGUCAGUCAGGAACCUGUCCUCUUCUCUGGAUCCAUCAAGUAUAACAUUGCCUACGCUUUAGGAUUAGAAAAUGUGACACAAGAACAAAUUGAAAAUGCUUCCAAACAAGCCAACGCACAUAAUUUCAUCAUGGAUUUACCGAAUGGUUAUGAUACCAUAUUAGGUGAAAAGGGUGUGUCGCUGUCAGGUGGUCAGAAACAACGUAUUGCAAUUGCGAGAGCAUUACUUCAAAAUCCUAAAAUUUUAUUAUUGGAUGAAGCAACUUCUGCAUUGGAUUCUGAGUCUGAACGAUUGGUUCAAGCUGCUUUGGAUGUGUUAAUGAAAGGAAGAACCACCAUUUGUAUUGCUCAUCGUUUGACAACUGUGAUUAAUUCAGAUUUAAUCUGUGUCAUGGUGAAGGGAGUGUUGAGAGAAAAGGGAACUCAUGCUGAAUUGAUUCAAAUUAAGGACGGUAUCUAUAGAAAUUUGGCAGCCAAACAAAUGAUGUUGGCGGAGGAACAGGUGUCCAAUGGAUUGGAUAUUGAGGUAACCAUGGAUUUGGUUGUGGAUGACCAGCAAACGCAUCAAGCAGUCUUGUCAGACAAUUCGAGUCAGGAAAAACUUGCCGAUCAAAAUGAAUAA